ACGACUCCUGAUUUCAUCCCUGAGAACCAACCUCAUAUGUGGCGCCCCAACGUCUCGGAAAAGGGCGGAAACCAGUGAAGUGUGAAAAGUGGUACACCAUGCCGAUGACAAGAAGCAGAGCGGCGAGCCUUACACGUAGGGAGGAGGAGCAAAAUGCCUCUCGACCGAGCACGCCAGCCGCGUCGUUUGAAAAUCUUCAAAAUGGCGACGACGCGUCCCUGCACCGAGUCGAAACAACAUUCACCCAAGAAAAUAUGACAUCGAUAAUCGCGUCGUUGCAGCGAUCCCAGACCGAAGCCUUUCGGGAAUUACUGCAAUCUGUUAGGGCCAAUUCGACAUUUUCCGUCCCGCCAGCCGAAGCUACACUUGCGCGUUGCACGGCGUCCUUCUCCGGCCGAAGCAAAGAGUCGGUAGAAGCCUUUAUCGACGCCAUAGAAGCAUAUUGCGAAUGUGCGCAAGUGUCGGACGCUAACAUUAUAAGAGGCCUGGCAUACCUCCUUAAAGAAGACGCCGCCACGUGGUGGCAAGGGAUAAAAGACACCUUAUCAACAUGGCGGCAGGCUAAAGAAAACCUAAUUAGUGCAUACGGAGACCGUCGCCCUCCACACCGAAUAUAUCUCGAAAUAUUCGGCAGUCCUCAGCAAAGCGAAAAUACAGAUAUUUUCGUCGCGCGAAUACGCGCCCUUCUUGCGAGGUUACCAAGGGGCGAUCUAUCUCUUUCCGCUCAAAUGGACAUCACCUACGCGCUUACGAGUAGCCGCAUCCGAGAAAGGCUCAGAAGAGAAGAAAUCGGCAGCUUCACGGAUUUUCUACGCCUCGCACGAGCGGUCGAGGACGCCUUCGACGAGGGACGGAGGCCCAGCUCGGGCCUGAAACCAGCACUGCAUGUGGCUCCCGCCUCGUCAUCUCCCGACGCCGUGUACCCGGUCCCGCGCGAGCCGGCCGUAGCAGGCCCUGCUCCCGUGCGUGCCGCUACUCGUCAGCAGCCUCCAUCAUCAGCUCCGGCGCGACACCCGCCCACGGCGCCGGCGUCCACGGCGCCGACCAGGGAGUUGCCCGCGCCCACGAAGAAGUCCCGGCCGAUGUGUGUUUACUGCAAACGCUACGGCCAUACGAGAGACCAGUGUCGUAAGUUGAUGACCCCAGGUGAGCCUCAAUAUUCUAAUAACUCUAACUUAGUACGAAACAGUGAAAAGAUAAGUGAGCAAAAUAACUCUUUCUAUUCUAUCGAUUCUCAUAAUUGCGUAUCCCAAAGCGAUCAUAACCUUAGUCCAAAUGUAAAGUGUUUAUGCACUAGAAACUCUAAGAACAAUAGUGAUUAUACCUAUAAUUAUAACAGUGGUAAAAAUAAGUGUUAUAACUCGAAAAAUGUAUGCUUUUCUAAAAGUUCAUUGACCUUACAAGACACUACAAAUGUAAGUGACAAUAAUUCUAAGAAUUUUAAGUUUUGUAUGGAGUGUAAAAGUUCAUUGACCUUACAAGACACUACAAAUGUAAGUGACUAUAAUUCUAAGAAUUUUAAGUCUUGUAUGGAGUGUAAUAAUAUUUUGUGUAAAAAUAAUGAAUGUUUUAUGAUAUCGUGCACUCCACAAAACACUUUAAACAUAAACGAGUGUAAUAAUGAUUUGUGUAAAAAUAAUAAUUACUGUUCUUGUAAUAAAAAUCAUAGUCUAGGAGCUGAUAGCUUAAAUAAUAUGCAACUAAAGUGUACACAAGAAAUUUUUUCGAAUAACUUUCUGUAUCACAAUAGUUCUUCUCCUCCUUCUUCCAUUUGUAACAUUCACGGUCAAAAGGACAAUAACUCAAAAAUUGUAAAUAAUGUAAAAAGUGUAUUUUCUAGCUGUAAGUGUGAGUGUGCUCGCGAGUACGACAGUGACAAUCCCCGUAACGGUCGCGAAUUACGACCGACUUUUAAAAUUAAAAUUUUAGGGUUUCACGGCACCGCGUUGAUUGACACGGCGGCAAAGCACUGUAUUGCCGGUCACUCGCUAUACACUCUCCUUCAAAGUCAGGGAUACCCUCUCCACCCGUCUACGCGUGAAGUUAAACUUGCUGACGGUGUUAUUCGCAUAAUGGAAGUUCUUACCACCACUUUAGAUGUGGCUUUAGAGUCAAAAGUUAUUACAAUGCCAUUCUUAAUUUUCCCGGAUUCCAUUAAUAACGAAACCUUGCUCGGGAUAGACUUUAUCACCGCCGCAGGUGUUGUGAUAGAUUUCAGUAGGGAUAUUUGGUUUUUCGGUGCUGAUGGUGGUAACGUAAAAUAUAAUCUGUGUUUUGAACCAACCUCUCGUACCGUGUCGUGUGCAUCCACAGCUGUUGUUCUCCGAGAGGACGAAGGUGCCCAUCUCACGCCAGCUGAACGACAGGCGCUCGCCGACGUCAUCAACAAGCACGCACAGGUAUUUGCAGCAGGGGGAGGUCCUACGCCGUAUGCAGUACACAGAAUUGACACAGGUGAGCACCAACCUAUUGCAGUACCUCCAUAUCGCCUCAACCCUUCCAAGAAGGAGCUGAUGAGGAAGGAAAUUGACAAAAUGCUAAAGGAAGACGUGAUAGAAGAAUGUGAAUCGGCUUGGUGCUCUCCGGCGCUCAUGGUACCAAAACCAAAUGGUUCUAUCCGUUUUUGCAUUGAUUACCGGCGGUACGUGGACGAUCUCCUAGUAAUCUCUGAAGGUUACCAGCGCCAUCUGUCGGACCUGGAGGCAGUAUUCAAGCGUUUGGCUGAAUUUAACCUACACGUCAACAGGGACAAGUGCCACUUUGCCAGAGAGAGCGUGAAAUAUCUCGGCCACGUCAUUACACAAGACGGCAUAUCCACUGACCCUGAUAAGUACACACCAGGGAAGGCGAAUGUCGUGGCAGACACACUUAGCAGACCGAUCUGUUCAAGCGAGUCCCGUGAAGACUGCGGCAUAUGCUCCGUUAUAUGUGAUCUGCCCACAAAGACUCCUAGCCAACUACGCUCUGAUCAAAUCGCAGAUUGUGAACUGGAAAAGAAUUUCAUACCUCUGUAUCAUCCGGAAUCAAAUCCUGCGGAGCGAAAGAACCGUGAUUUAAAGGCAAUGUUAGCUCACCUCGUGGAGGAAAACCACUCUUCGUGGCCGAAGAAGCUACCGGUUAUUCGUUUCGCUCUGAACUCUGCCAAGUGUCGCACAACGGGCAAGUCACCGGCGUAUCUCUCCUUUGGCAGGGAGAUGAGGUCCCCUUCAGAGCGAUCAGGGAACGCGUGGAAGAGCAGCAAGAUAAGACCAAACAGUACGCUGAUGCGGCACGUCGCCCAGCAGUGGAUCUGA